CUCUGCGCCGCGCUGCGCUCGCUGCCUUCGCUCCCCGCUCCGCGCACCCCGCCAGCCGCCCCGGGGCAGGAGGCGCGCCUGGCUGUCGGCCGGUCAGACAAAGAAGGCGCGGCUCGGCAGAGCCAGCGCGCGGGUGGAAGGACCAUGGACUCAGAGCGCAGGCGGCCCGCCUCAGCCCUGAGGACCCGGCGCUCCCGGGCCCGGCCCUAGGCGCUCGGCCCCGCCGCCCGGGGCGCCCGGAGAGAAGAACGCGGAGCCCGUGCGGUGCGGAGGACGAGCUUGAGGGGCGCCGCGGCGGACGGCCUGCGCGGCCCCUGGAGCCAUGGGCAAGUGCAGCGGGCGCUGCACGCUAGUCGCCUUCUGCUGCCUGCAGCUGGUGGCUGCACUGGAGCGGCAGAUCUUUGACUUCCUGGGCUACCAAUGGGCUCCUAUCCUAGCCAACUUCCUGCACAUCAUGGCCGUCAUCCUGGGCAUCUUCGGCACGGUGCACUACCGCUCCCGGUACCUCAUUCUGUAUGCAGCCUGGCUAGUGCUUUGGGUUGGCUGGAAUGCGUUCAUCAUCUGCUUCUACCUGGAGGUUGGACAGCUGUCCCAGGACCGGGACUUCAUCAUGACCUUCAACACAUCCCUACACCGCUCCUGGUGGAUGGAGAAUGGGCCAGGCUGCCUGGUGACACCUGUCCUGAACUCUCGCCUGGCCCUGGAGGACCACCAUGUUAUCUCUGUCACUGGCUGCCUGCUUGACUAUCCCUACAUUGAAGCCCUCAGCAGCGCCCUGCAGAUCUUCCUGGCUCUGUUCGGGUUUGUGUUCGCCUGCUACGUGAGCAAAGUGUUCCUGGAGGAGGAGGACAGCUUUGACUUCAUCGGUGGUUUUGAUUCCUACGGAUACCAGGCGCCCCAGAAGACGUCGCAUUUACAACUGCAGCCUCUGUACACGUGGGUCCAGGCGCUGAGCAGAACGGGGUCGGGGUAGCUUCUGCCCGGCGCCCAUCCUGGCGUCACGUGCUUUGUGGCAAGACUGACAGCUGUGGCCACAAACUCGAACUCGGGCCAAGAUGGCAGGCGCGCCCCCUGGCGGCUCGCGGGCCGACUGCAGUUUGCGCGGCUUGAUCUAGGUCUGCUGCGGAAUUGGACUUGGCCCUUUACAGCAUGGACUUCAGGGGUGGGGCGGGGUGGGACAAGGGAGGGGACUCUGGAG